AUGACCAUCGUCCCUCAGCUGGUCCCCCAAUGCGAUGGUGUCGUCCUCGAGCUAGGUCCGGGUCUGGGCAACCAGCUCUGCCGCUUUGACAAGAGCAAGGUCACGCGCAUCCUCGGUGUUGAGUGCAAUCCAUAUUUCAUCCCCGACUGCCAGAAGCAAAUCGAGGAGCAAGGGCUCGAGGACAAGUACGAGCUCAUCACCAGCAGCAUCCAGGACAGCGAUGUUCUCGAAAGGUACGGAAUCGAAGCGGGAAGCCUAGACACCGUCCUGAGCAUCCAGGUGCUCUGCUCCGUGCCAAACCCCACCGCCGUGGUCAAGGAGCUCUACCGCCUGCUCAAGCCGGGUGGAAAGCUCAUCUUCUGGGAGCACCAUCGCAGCUCGGACUGGAUUACCGCUGCGGCGCAAUAUUUCUGGAACCCCUUCUGGUGGCCGUUCGUCGGAGGCUGCAAUUUAACGCGCGACACUAGGGCCGUCAUCGCCGCGGCGGGAGAGUGGGAAAACUAUGACAGUAUCGAAGGGGACGAGAAGCCAUGGAGCAUGAUGCCGCGACCGGCUGUUGCUCACUUUCUAUCGAUUGCUGAUGACCCAUUUUCUCGAGAUGAGCGCACCGGCGACUUGCUCCUCGGCUCAAACCAACCCAGCGGAUGGUACUGCCUCCAUUUCGCCGACGAGAACCAGAUUCUCCGCAACGAGUUCAACGACGCAUGCAUCAUCAACGUCGACAGCGAAUUCCAGUGUCUCGAUCCCACCCCGGGCGAGAUGAUCUACGCUGUCAGCAAAUCUGGCUUGGCGGGCGGCCGAAACCUCCAGCUCGCCGCCAAGGGACUCGCCAGCACUUGCGAUGGGAUCCAUGAGUAA